AAUGGCCAAUCCACUCUUCUUCGGUUCCAUACAGGCACCCACUCCGUAGGCUCUCAGUGCCGUUCUUUCAGACAAGAGAUCGAGAUCGAGAGAGAGAGAGAGACGCUGAGAUCUUGGCAAUGGCUACCCUGAAAGUGCCGCCGUCGGUCCCUUCUCCGGCCGAGGAUGCCGAGCAGCUCCACAAAGCUUUCGCAGGUUGGGGGACGAAUGAGCAUCUGAUCAUAUCCAUAUUGGCCCACCGAAAUGCUUCCCAGCGCAAGUUAAUUCGACAAGUCUAUGCUGAGACAUAUGGGGAAGAUCUACUCAAAGCUCUUGACAAAGAGCUUUCAAGCGACUUUGAGAAAACUAUUCUGCUUUGGACCCUGGAACCUGCUGAGCGCAAUGCAUAUUUGGCCAACGAGGCUACAAGGAAGUUCACUUCUAGUAACUGGGUUCUCAUGGAAAUUGCCUGCACGAGGUCUUCCCUCGAACUGUUUGCCACAAGGCAGGUGUAUCAUGCUCAGUACAAGAAAUCCCUGGAAGAAGAUGUUGCAUAUCACACAACAGGGGAUUUCCGCAAGCUUUUGGUUCCUCUUGUGAGCUCAUUCCGUUAUGAGGGACCUGAGGUGAACAUGAUGCUAGCCAAAUCAGAGGCUAAAAUUCUUCAUGAGAAAAUUUCGGAGAAGGCCUAUAGUGAUGAGGAGGUCAUAAGGAUUCUCACUACCAGAAGCAAAGCUCAGCUCAGUGCAACGUUGAAUCACUACAAUGAUCAUUUUGGAAAUGCUAUCAACAAGGAUCUGAAGGCCGAUCCCAAUGAUGAUUUCCUCAAGCUACUGAGAGCAACGACCAAAUGCCUGACCCGCCCGGAGAAGUACUUUGAGAAGUUACUGCGUCUAUCCAUCAACAAAAUGGGGACUGAUGAAAGGGCUCUGAUCCGAGUUGUCACUACCCGUGCGGAGGUCGACAUGGAACGUAUCAAGGAAGAGUACCAAAGGAGAAACACCGUCCCUCUGGAACGGGCCAUUGCAGGGGACACCUCUGGGGACUAUGAGAAGAUGCUUCUUGCUUUGAUUGGACAUGGAGAUGCUUAAGAAGUCGGGAACAAAACUUCACCUAUAAUGAGUCCUUUUGAUGGUUAAGUUAUUGUGCUUGUUGCUCGAUGGACCUGAACAAGCACAUUUAUGGUUGAGUACUUGUGUUGUUUUAUGUUGAUCAGAUUUGCAGGACCUUAUUCUGAGAUAUUAUGCGAUAAAAUAAACCGAGUAAAAGCAACCUUUUUGUUAUGGUUGUGCUCGUUCUUUAA